CAAUCGCAAUAAACGUCCUCACAAAAAUAGCCUACGGCGACAACAAACCCUUCGCAAUCACCCUUCUCCCACGCGAUCUCUCUGCAUCCAUGACCUACGUCGACGCAAUCUCUCUCUGCACCGAACUCCUCGACCUCGCUGCCUUCAUCCCGAUCCGUAUCUUGCGUCUACCCCUCAUGUCCAAUGUCGUGCAGACGCUGGGGGCUGCGUUACAUAGAUUACCUGGGCUCACGGUGGACAUGCUGGAUAGUGAGAGGCGGCGAUUGGCUGAGGUAUCCUCUUCAUCUUUGGGUGGUUCAUCAGACGAGUCAUCAAUGACGGCGAUGGUAGGAAAGACGGAUACGAUCAUGAGUAUGCUUGUACGCCUUUCAGAUCAGGAAAAGAGCCGCACCGACACUUCGGAAAAGAACCCCCCCGCAAAGAGCACCACCAGCAACAGCAAUCCCAAAUCAUACCUCACAGAGGAAGAGAUCGCUGGUAACCUCUUCAUCUUCACCGCUGCGGGCUUCGACACGACCGCAAACACUCUAGCAUACGCCGUCACCCUCCUCGCAGCGUACCCAGAGUGGCAAGCCUGGAUCCAGGCCGAGCUCGAUACCGUUCUCGGGCCUCCGAGAGCAUCACCAUUCUCCUCGUCGGAAGAGGAAGAGCGAGAACUGCCGGACUACAGCGUCGUCUUCCCGAAAUUGACGCGGUGUCUUGCUGUCAUGACAUCUCUUCAAUAAACUGGCACUUUGCGACCACUAGUACGACGCAUUUCCUCCUGA